AUGCUUUCGAGUUUGCUCGAUGCCGUGAACAUGUGGGUGGCACAGCCCCGCAGCGCCAUCAACGACCAGUUCAUGCCGCAUCACGUCGCCAACAUGUUAUAUUUGGCAGCGAAGGCAACCGAGGCGGGUUCGCCUUUGUUCGGGACACUGCUACCGUAUGCAAACGCACGAUUAGUGGACUUUGAAUUGCGUGACCUUUGUAGCUUGGCGUGGGCCGUCGCACGCUCGCCCAGUCGGCAAUUACCCUUGCUGAGGAGCAUUUCCAGCGAGGUGCUGGCGAAGAGGCAGAGCGUGGAGCCCAUUGAUUUCGUCAACAUCAUGUCGGCAGCUGCAGAAACGUGCUUGGACUCCGAGAAAUUGGCUGAGGCAUUGCAAGAAGCCUUGGAACGCCGGCUUCCGGACAUGAGGUUCCAGGAGCUUGGCCAUUGGAUGUGGGCAUUGUGGAAGGUGGGCAUGGUCAACCCCAUGCUGAUGGCCACAGUCAAUCGACAAGCGGGCAUGAAGGCGGACAGCUGCGAGAUAGAGGAGCUUGGGAAUCUGCUGUGGACGAUAUCCAGGCAGCCGGCAUAUGCAGAAGAGGGUGCUUGCGAGCGACUGGCCGCACGCUGUGCCGCCGAGGCGCAUGCUUUUACUUCCCAGCAGCUCGCUAACGCCUUGCAGUGCCUCUGCCGAAUACCGGGCCAAGAAGUGGCAAGCGAGGCACUCACAAAAGCAGCGUGCAGAUGCAUGCGAAGCUUCAGUGACUCCGAACUGGUCUCCUCGGCGUGGUGCUUGGCGCAGAUGGGGUGUCGAGACCGUCUGGUGGAAGCCCUGUCGGAAGAGGUCCGGCGUCGCCUUUACCGACUGUCUCCACAGGAGCUGAUUUCACUGGCCGGCAGCUUUGCCACACUGAGUGGGACGGUGCCGGAGUUGAUGAGGUCCAUGGUGUCAGCCGUUCUUGGAGGCCUGGAGCACUUGACUGCACAAGAUGUCUCGCGAUUUUCCUGGGCGGUGGCGAAGCUUGCUUGUGCAGACGCGGCCGUGACUGAUCACCUGGCCGAAGAACAAGCAGCCCGCAUUGGCGAGUUUCAUGCCGUGAACCUGGCGAACAUCCUCUGGGCGAACGCCAAGCUGCUGAAUAAAUCCGAGAAGCUUGUCGACAGCUUGUGUGGCGCAUCCAUGCGUCGUGUUGAAGAGUUCAACGCGCAGAAUCUGGCGAACGCAGUCUGGGCUAUCGCAACGCUGAGCUUCACGCUAACUGCAAAGAUGGGCGCUUUCAUAGAGCAAAGCAUCCUGAAGAUCCACGAGUUUGGCCCACAAGGCCUGGCCAACACACAGAAUCCGCGAUCUCGAUCUGCCAUGGUGUCCUUUGAAGGAGCCUUGUUGAAUCGCACAGCGUUUUCAGGCGGCCGCUUCCGGGCCUCGAGGCGCCUCGUGGCCGGGGAACCGAUCCUGGCACUCCCGGAGAGGACAUGUUGGACUCCGAGCGCCGCCAGAAAAUGUCAGGUGUUGCAGAGGCUUCUAGACCAGGAUGCAUCGGACUCCAUCUGGAUGGCUUUUCACAUCUUGCUUGCGCACGACGGGCGGCUAGGGGAGCCCUACACCUCGCAGAUGGCACUUCUUCGAGAUGCAGCCGAAGGACUGCUCCUGUGGGACGACGAGGAUCUGCUGCACCUCCAAGGUAGCCGAUGGCUGGACAUCACGAAGCAAGGCCGAGAGGAGAUCCUGGAGGAGUUCGCUGCCUUGCACGACUUCCUCGGUGAGGAGGGUGCUGCAGAACUUGGGGCCUCGCCUGAGCGAUAUCUUUGGGCGCAGGCGAUCCUGCUGCAGUACUUGCUUCGUUUUGUACGGUCCGAUGGGACGGCUGUUGAGAUCUUCAUGCCAGAGCUUGCGGUCCUGGAGGCGGAGUCUUUGGGCGCCGCCACGUCGGAGGCACCAGGGCUCGCUCGCUUGGAAUCCGCUGGCCAGGAAUCGAUGCUGGUGUUUUACGCGCCCCGAAUCCUCGAAGAGGGAGAACUUGUGCAGCUUUGUCAUGGAGGCUUGGCUUGCUGUGCAGGGAGGGCGCUCUUUGAGCGCGGCCGCUUCUCACCUCGCAGCCCGGCCAGCCACUUCGAGUUCGCACUUACCGUUCCUGUACCACAGAAGAUGUCUGACAAGGUCAGCAAGAAGGUCGCUGAGCUUGCGCAGGACGGCUUGCAACCAGGACAAUUUCUGCCUGCAGAGGCUGUGGAGGAGUGGCAGCCUGCGGUGCUGGUGGAGGGCUCGCUGCAGCUCAACGUGAGGAUCUCGGAGCAGGAUCCCCUGCCAGCUGCGGCUGUCAUGGAGUUGCUCAAGUUGGCGCUGGACAAAGAGAGCGAGGAGAUCGCCGAGCAUACGGCAAUGAAUGUGCUAAGCCACGCCCUCCUCUCCAUCAACAAGGAGUAUCUGGCUGCAGCCACGCGCCCCAAGGUACCAGAGGCAUCUACAGCGGUCAGCCGGCAACGCCGGCAGCGUGCGCGGGCUUUGAUUGAGGAGGAGAAGUGGCUCCUGGGCCUGGGCCAGAGUGCGCUGGAGGCUCCAUCGUCCCUCAAGCCGCCUCCACGUGCGGCGAUACCAGUCUGGCAUCGUAUGGAAGGCUGUGCCGAAUCCUUGCAGCGGCUCUGCGUGUCCUUCGCGUGGCUGAGCCCUGGCCAAGGUGAGGAGGCUCGGGCGCUUCUGUCCGAGCUGCGCGCCUUACGAGCCUGCUUGGCAGGUUUUCCUGAUGGAAAUCCUGAAACCGUGGCGCUCGUUCAGGUGCCAGCGAGCUCCAACCAGGCUUUGCGCUCCCACAGCAAGGUCUCGCUAGCGGCCCUGCGUGCAAGACUAGCAGCGUGCACUUGGGAGAUCUCAAGCCUUCGCGCCCUCUGUGAAGAUGCGGAGGAUAGACGCCACGAGGCUCUCCUGGCGGGUGUGCUGGGAGAAGCAGCCGCCUUGCACAUUCGCUUGCUACAGUUUCGGGAAGCACACGCAAAGCUGGCAGAGUGUCUCCAGCUUUCACCAGAUUCCCACACCGCCAAGUCGCUGGCCCGAGACUGCGCGAUUGCGCUGGGCAGUCGCGCGGAGGAUGUGCUUGGAAUGGGUCCGCGAAUCUCUUGGAAGGAGGUGACAUCCGUGUCAGCGGAGCUGAAGGAGAGGUUGCAGGGGGCCGGCUACACGCAAGAAAACCUGCCCAAGGCAGCUGGACUGCCUUCCAUGCUGCAUUUCGUCUCCAACAGAGGGGAAUCGCUGGCAAAUGCUCUGCAGGCAGGGGACGCGGAGCAGAAGCAACGGAACAAAUGUUGGAUGUGCUUGCAGGCGCGCGUUCGCAUUGGAGAUGUCUCGCAAGACCUGGCGGAUCUUGUUCGUUUGUUUCUUCUCCGCCGGCUGCUGCCGCUGCAACGGGUGGUUGCCAUUCUUGGGGAAGAGAUCACCUCAGCCUUCCUGCGGCUGCAGGCCUUCUGCCUUAUCGUGGGCCCGAACUCCCGGGUCUGUCCGGCAUCGGAAGCUGUUGAGAUCCUAUCUAACGCGUCGCACACCGCCGACCUGGAGCUUUUUUCUGCGAUUGCGAUGUGGCCCCUGGAGGAGGACCUGCUCAUCGCCACAGACUACGGCGAUACACAGCAUUCAGCACAUUUUGAACCGGUCAUGUACCUAUCCUUGGACUCCUACGCGUUAGUCGCAGCAGCACCCCGUGAGCCAGUACAGCGAGUGCUGGACGUCUGCUGCGGCAGCGGUGUGCAGGGCAUCGUGGCUUUGAGGACUUACGCAGAGCAGGCUACAUUUGUGGACAUCAACCCCAGAUGCCUCGCCUUCACACGUUUCAAUGCUGCACUGAACGGCUUCUACGAGCGAGCAUCUUUCAUCCAGGGAAGUGUGGAUACCUUGACUGACCUGGGCUUGUUUCAGGCCAUCUUGGCGAACCCACCUUUUGUGCCAAACCCGGAAAACACGGCAGCAGCGGCAGCUCCUCUCUACUCGGGUGCUGGGUGCGAUGGCGAGGCCGUCCACCGAGCGAUUUUUGCUAAAGCUUUGCAUCUUCUCGGCAGUGGAGGCUAUUUGAGCACUGUCGCAGAGGUGCCCAAUCCAGAGAGCUUGGCCACGCGGGUGAAGGAUUGGAUCGAGGCUGAAGAUGCUGUACGGCCGGACAUGACUGUGAAGGUGUUUACCGGCAAGCGAGUUCCUGCAGAGGAGUAUUGGAGAAGUGCCACGCAGGAGCGCUCGGAGCUCGAGCAUCGGAGCUAUGCCGAGGGCCUGCGGGCCGUGGGGGUUCACUGCAUGGCAGAGGCACUUGUGCUUGCGCGACAUGACGGGAGAAGCGAACUCAGCCAUGACGCCGGGACUGUGGUGAUUGCUGACAACGUGCAACGUGACCAGCUCUGGGUCGAUGAUGAGUCUUGGGCCUUCGCAAAGAUGGAACAGAAGUUUGAUGAACUCAUGGCUGCAGUGGCCCAGGAAGUUCGAAGCAAGAUUGAGGUGUUUGAGCCUCAAAACUUGUCGAACACGGCCUGGGCCUUUGCGGCGCUGCGCAUUGAAGAUGCAGAGCUCAUGCACAUUCUCGCGGGGAAGAUCUUCCAGAAGAUCAACCUGUGCUCUUGCCGGGAUCUGGCAAGCAUCUCCUGGUCCUUUGCAAGGUUGCAUCUGGAGAGCGCGGAGCUGCUCGCCACCACGUCUCGUGCUGUGCAUGAUCGGGUGGUGGAGUUCGAAGUCAAGGGCCUGUCCAACGCCAUUUGGGCCUUUGCUGUCCUGUCAACGCAGGACGAGCCGGUCAUGUUCGACCUUGCUGAAGCGGUGCUGCAAAAAAUUCGGCAGUGCCGCUCAGAGAGAUCCGCGAAAAUCGAGGAUCUGGCCACGGACCUGAACGGCUUGACCUGGGCCAUGGAGCGGGUCAGCUUUCUGACAGAUACCUUCGCAUCAACACUGCUGGACUUAAUGCAGCACCUCGGCCGCGCAAAGGACAUAGAAAUGGUUGGUCCGCAUCGGCCCCCGCCCGCGAAGAUCGAGAGCGUUGGGCCGGAGGACCACCCUGGUGAAGACCCGCUGCUGCGCCUAGAUUUGCCAGACAUGUGCUGCGUGCACAAGCCGGCGGGAUGGGAGGUUGACAAUGAGGAUGCAGGGGGCGGCCCCUGGAUGUCCUCCUGGCUCAUGCAGCGGUUUCCCUUCGACAGCGUGCCGAUAGUUCAUUACGAGGAACACCAGUUCGGGUUGGUUCAGAGACUGGACAUCCCGAGCUCUGGCCUGAUCCUUGCGGGCAAGACCUGGGAGGGCUUCUACACUCUCAAGUUCCAGCUGCAGACGGGUCUCCUUGUCCGUGAAUAUGUGCUGCUCGUUCACGGCUGGGUGGCCUUGGACGGCAAAAUCAAUGAGAAGUCGUUUGCUGCCAAUGCCCCCCCUGGCGGCGCCCCGGCUCCGGGGCUCCUGCGAGUUCUGGCUCACCUCAGGCGAGACAGCGAGAGCGAGGAGCAGAAGUUCAGCUUGGUCCUGCUGCAGGCUUUGUCGAAGUCGCUUUGUGCUUCCAUGCCGCAGCACUUUGUGCACCAGAUUUUGUCCCAGAAACUUGGCAUAGAUCCCCGUGCAGCCGCCAUGACAGACAGUCAAUGGACGAUCAAAGUAAAGAUUGUCAGUAUGGACAACGAGGCCAUCCAUGGAAAGAAGGGAACCAAGUGGAAGGCCGGUGACGACCUCACGUUGCAGAUUGAGGGAAGAACCUGGCAGUUCAACCGGGAGCCGCAGACACGACUGGCGGUUCAACUGCCGAGAGGAUCGCGCAUGCCCAUAUCUGAUCGUGUGCAGAAGGCCCCCGUACGAAGAUAUGAGAUGACGGUGAUAUCGGAUGUCUGGCCCACAAAAUCUAAGAGCGAGCGCAGAGCCCUUCGAAAAGAGAAGCCAGCCAGCCGCGAAGAGGAAGACCGCAUGCCUACCGAGGACCGCGCGCACUUCUGGAAAGCCAGGGCAGAGCGCUUUCAUGUUGACUGUCAUUUUCCAGCUUUGGUCACGAAGCAGUUGCUUCCAAGUUGGCGGAGUUUCACGGAAGACGACAGGGAGGACGCCGGGCGGAUCAUGUCCAACCCCAGGUCGAGCCACCUCCCGGAUGCCAUUGCCGAGGCUCUGUCAAAGCCAACCGUCUCAUACAAUGCCAAGCAGCGUGCCAAGUUGGAGACGGACAUGACGGUCAACAUGCUGAAACAGCGAAUUGCCUUGAUCGUGAUGGCGCACCCGAAAUUUCAGGCCGUGUCGUUCAACGGCAGCGAGCCAUUGGACGAGGUCACGAAACUCCAGGAUAUCGAAGGCAUGGCAAGUGGAAAGACCAUGGAGCUCGUAGUCGCAGUGCCUCCCGAGCCGGAGGCACCGCCAGUGGUGCUGUCAGAUGAUGAGGAGGUUGCGAUGGAGGUCGAGGAGGAGCCACUGCCAGAGCAGCCGGCUGCCGACCUCAUCACAAAGGAGCUGGGCGAUGCCGAGGCCGACAAGCAGGGCGAGUUGAAAAGCCAGGCCGCGGACGCGCUGGAAGAUGGCGAUGUGAAAACGGCCGUUGCCAAGUUCACCGAGGCGAUGAUGCUAGGUGGAGUCUCGGCGAUGAUGGUCGCGAAACGAGCAGAAAUGCUGCUGAGACUUGGCUUCACCGGAGGUCCAACUCCAAGGUUACUGCGGAACGUACAUGGUGUCGGUAUAUAUUCCUACAAGUACGGAAUGGCUCGAAAGUUUCAUACCGCUGCGAUGUCUUUGCUCAGAUGA